ACUUUUGAUGAGGCAGAAUUGUGUGAGACCCUGAGAAGAAAUGUCAGCAAGUCUGGUUAUGUGAAGCCGACUCCUGUGCAGAAGCACGGUAUUCCAAUCAUUUCUGCUGGCAGAGAUCUCAUGGCCUGUGCCCAGACUGGAUCUGGUAAAACGGCCUCCUUCCUGCUCCCCAUUCUGCAGCAGCUGAUGGUAGAUGGAGUGGCAGCCAGUUGCUUCAGUGAGCUGCAGGAACCUGAAGCCAUCAUUGUUGCCCCAACCAGGGAGCUCAUCAACCAGAUCUACCUGGAGGCCAGGAAGUUUGCCUUUGGAACAUGUGUGCGUCCGGUAGUCGUUUAUGGUGGAGUCAGCACUGGAUAUCAGAUAAGAGAAAUAUUAAAGGGAUGCAAUGUGCUGUGUGGAACACCAGGGAGACUGUUGGAUAUGAUUGGAAGAGGAAAGGUUGGGUUGAGUAAGUUGAGGUACUUGGUGCUGGAUGAAGCUGACAGGAUGUUGGAUAUGGGUUUUGAGCCUGACAUGCGCCGCCUGGUGGGCUCCCCUGGAAUGCCACCCAAAGAGAAUCAUCAGACUUUGAUGUUCAGCGCCACCUUCCCUGAAGACAUCCAGAGGAUGGCAGCUGACUUCCUCAAGACUGACUAUUUGUUCUUGGCUGUGGGUGAGGUGGGCGGAGCCUGCACUGAUGUAGAGCAGACGUUCGUCCAAGUUACCAAAUUCUCCAAGAGGGAUCAGCUCGUUGAGUUUCUGAAGACCACUG